AUGCUCGCUGGGGGGCCAGCAGCCGGCACGUGCAGAGCGUCACCCUUGCGUGAAUUGUGUCCAGACUCAGGAGAUGCGGGAAAGGAAGGGAUGGUGUACUCCAUCAUCGUGGCGCUCAACAUCGUCGGGCUCGCUUACGUCGUGUUCUCGUGCUACUUCACGCACGCGGUGGUCCCGAGGCUCAGGGGCGAGGUGAGCUGCCGCCUGGCCGCCCCGCUAUCGCGGGCGCUGGCAAGCGCCAGCUGGUCGGUCGAGGCCCACUACGUUCAAGCUGGCAGACAACAACGAGACGAGACGGCUGUCGCACGGUGCACGUGCUGCAUCCCAGGAUGGAUAUGGUUGGACUUCGUGCCCCUCUCCGCGCAAGUCCUGGAAGAGGGCCGAGGGCCGAGCAGAACGGCCAAGCCUGAGUUGGGCACCUCCACUGGGCGCUCCCUCCCCUCCCCCUCCUCCUCCUCCUCCUCUUACCCUGUUCGCGUCCUCCUCCACGGUCUCGGACGAGAGGGCGGCGCUGUGCGGCUGACCGUGCGGCGCUGA